AGUACGGUUAAAUUUACCGGGUUUAAGAGCCCCACUUCGUUGGCAACCAGGAAGUACAGACCUAUGUAUUCCAAGCAGAGGAUGAUCGACCUUGAAUGCUUAGGUGGUUCCUAGAACCCAGCUCAGCCAUCAUAAGGACAAGAAUAAAACUCUGACCAAAGACCUUGUGAUGCAGAAGAGUGCUCCAAAACUGAAGAAGAAGACUGAGCAGGCCAAUGCCAGUGGGAAAACUAGCUUUAGCUCUGUACAUACAGUCGUGAAGAGGUCAAAGCCUGAGAGCAAGCCAAUAGGAAUGUCUAGUCCUCUUAGCUACAGUUCUGAGUUGAACUCAAAGGCUAGUUCGAACAAGCUAGCUACUAAGAAGAUGAAAGUUAUUGACCAAAGAAAGCAAUCAAAGAUGGAAGACCUGAUCAAGGCCUACUUCGAGCACCACUCAAGUGACCUUCGUGAGGAGGUUAAGCAACUCAAGCUGGAGAUGAAAGAAAUGAGGUCGAGGCUUACUAGAUACGAGCAGAUAUUGGUGAAUAAUCCUCCGCCCAGAUCUCCUAACAGAGUGCCCAAAGCCCCUGUUACACACAGGGUACCUCAGAACUGUUCUGCUCCUAAAAGGAUUGCUCAUAUCGAUAUAAGUAGCAGGAACCAGACUAGUGCGUCCAGGAAGCAAGAGGUAAGCGGAACUAGGAAGGUUGAGGCCAAGGCUCAGAAGGAGAACCGGACCCCAAAGACCACGCAUAUGAUCAGCAAGCUAUACCAGAAACAAAAGGGUCGGAACAGAGGCUCUAAGACCUACUUUAGCAUGAAAGAUGAGUCUUCUCAUGAUGAUAAAGCUGAUAUCACGUUUGAUAACGGGAAAGUUGAAGAGAUUGUCCUCCCAGUGUUCACAAGUCACUAUACUUCCAAGGACUUUCAGGCCAAAAAUAAGGUUUUGGAUAAGAUCAAGUAUCCUCAAAGGAAGAAGUUAGACUCAUUGGAGACAAAGCUGAAAAGGAAUAAAAGCUUGACCUCUAACAAGCUAAAAUCUGUACUGCUCAACCUUUUUGAUAAGAAAGAGACUCUGGAAGCUGACAAGAAUGUUAUUGAGGUACCAGGAGCCUCCUCUGGUGUUCAUACUACCAGAACAGACUUAAUGGCAACCUUCAAGUCCCCAGUGUCGAUAGAUGUUGGUUCAAAGAGAUGUACUCCUGUGCGUUCGAAUCUGUCAGUUGAUCAAUCAAUUGAAAAGAGAGGGGCUAUCAAUCAGACAAAGUUGCAUUGUAGAAACAAGAUUGGAUACAAUAUCAACACUCCUCCAAUGACUGAGGUGAGACGAGUGAAGCAACGGGAUUCACUGAAGUCCCAGGCUACCCCCCUUGUGAGCUCUAAAGAAGAGUGCGUUUGUCAGUCUCCUAGGAACUUUAAAGACCCUGAUUCUAAAAGUUGUGGAAACUACUGCAAAUAUCUGUCAUCUGAUGAGCAAAAGGAUGUAAUUUUUAGGAAAUAUCAAGCUGUGUGUGCCCAAGCGAUGUCUGACCAAUUUGAAUAUGCCCUCCCAGCUGAGUGGUGGAGAAUCUGGUGCGACUUUGUCAACAUUGAAUAUAAGACACUCGAGCAACAUUGUAAAGAUGCAAGAGUCCAAGCUGGUAGCUUUAACCAGUGAGAAGGUAAAGCUCCAGGUUCUACUAUAAGAGUCUCUGAAGAAAGCGAUAUGGAUUUCGACUCGAAGAUUUUUGAGCAAGAUAAUAUCAAACCUGAGGAGUCUAUUCAUGUGCUACAAUCUAGAGACUCCAACGUUGGCUUUAAGAAAGACAGAUUCUCUAUUAUUCCAAAUGAUGAUCGGUACAAUGAAAUUUACACAAGGCCAGGAAAGAUCAUCAACAAGGUCUUGAUUGAACGAUCCAAUGCUGAUUGUGGUAAUUCUACAUAUAACUUUUAGACCAAAAGAGAGCAAAUUGAGACUCUAUAGAGUCAAACCCAGGAUCGGAGGAAUCUUACAACUUGAAGAAUCACCUGCAAGAGCUUCAUGACUACAUCCUGGUAUCUCAAGAGAGCUGGAAAAUGUUCAGCUCUUGGUAUGGCUACGACUACGAAAUCAACUAUGGAGAAGGAAGAAUUUGAUAAUCUUUUUAGCUUAA